CAUCUACUCUGUUUUUGCUUUGUUUCACUCUCUUAAGUCUUAACACAGCGAAAAAAUGUCCGUGAUUGUUCGCCAAGCUUACGAACAUCUUCCCAAGAAGCAGAUGAGCCAAAAUGCUGACGUGUGUGGAUGGAGUUUCCUGCAGACUCUCACUGAAACCAGAAGCAUUGUCCGGAACAGAGAAGACGACGACACAAAGAAAACACCUUACGUCCAUCCAACUGAUCAGAAGCGGUCCGUAGCUAAGCUGAGCCUUGAGAUGUGCACAGAGAGUCUCGGGACUGAGAAUGGGAGUGAGAGUGGAGACGAGAUGAUCUCGUUGCUUGCGCUUAAAGCAACCAAUAUCCCAAUGGUUCCUCUUACCAUGAAACCUCAAAAAGAAACUAACUUCUUUACGGUGUGUGAAAAGAGAUUUUUUCCUCCGCCGUUAAACUCCGUCAACGAAUUUAACGGUAGCCGUAUGGUGAAAUCGUAUACAGAAGACGGUCGUCUUGUAGUUCAAGCAAUUAGGGUUUGUUCACCACCUCGUUGCUUUGUAUCUGAACGUUGUGAAGGAAGGCUUCGUCUCUGUUUAUCGGAGAAUUCAUCGGUUAGCCACGACGGAGAUAAAUUGCUUGAAGAAAAUGAAUCCGAAUCAGAAGCUCGCGACGAAGAUGGAGAUGAAGAGAAUGAACAAGAAGACGAUGCAGAAGAAGAAGAAGAAGGAGAGGGCAUUGUGGGUAAUAAUGAGAAUUUUGAGGGCGAAAUUGGAUAUAAGAAAUUUAAAAGGCCAAGAAAGAGAUGCAAUGAAAAUGGAUGCGAGCCUAAAACCAUGCAUAACUGGAAGCAGCGACAAUUUUGGUUGACUACUUAA